AUGCCCCGGGACAACAUGGCCUCCCUGAUCCAGCGGGUGGCGCGGCAGGCGCGCAUCACCUUCCGCAGCCCGGCGGGCCCAGCCUUCGGGGAGAACCUGCACCGCCUGCAGCAGCUGCUGGACGAGGUGCGCGCCGAGGACUUGCACUUGGCGCCGCGGGGGCCUUCGGCCGCGGCGGCGGCGGGCGGGGGUCCGCCGUGGGCCGGCGUGGUGCCUCCCGUCAGCUACAUGCACAUCUGCGAGACGGAGAGCUUCAGCAUGGGCGUGUUUCUGCUGCGGAGCGGCGCCUGCAUCCCGCUGCACGACCACCCGGGCAUGAACGGCAUGCUGAAGGUGCUGUACGGCACGCUGCGCAUCGCCUGCAUGGACACGCUGCCCGCCGGGGCCGCCUCUGCCCCGCCGCUCCCCGCCGCUGGCAGCGGGCCGUGUUUGCGCGCCCUUUUCCGCUCCCGCCAGCACUACACGCCCGCCUCGCCGCCCUGCCUGCUCUCGCCGCACACCGACAACCUCCACCAAAUCGACGCCGUGGACGGGCCUGCCGCCUUCCUCGAUAUCCUAGCGCCGCCCUACGACCCCCAGCACGGCCGGGACUGCCACUACUACCGGCUGCUGGAGGGGCCCGCGGCGGGCGCGGAGCCGCCCGCGCUGCCGCGGGAGGUGUGGCUGGUGGAGACCCCGCAGGCGGCCGACUUCUGGUGCGGGGGCGAGCCCUAUCCUGGGCCUCGCGUCUGCCUGUGAGCCGCCGCCGGCGGCCCGUGCCGGGCGGCGGCCGCUAGGGACGAUGUGCGUUCGCCCCGCCGGGAGGGGAAUCCGCCGCUCGCCGCCCCCCGCCCGGCCGCCCCUCCGAGCCCGCCGGACAGCAGCACCGCUGGGACGCGGUGUUCCGUGCUGGCUGGAGCUUCGCGGGAGUACCGUGGGUCAGAGCCUUCCUCUGUUCACGGGCUUCGUGAGUCGGGGAAAUAAAAGUGCCAGAACGUGUUUAUGCCCUUGGGGCCGAU